CCUUUUACCCCUUCCGAGAGAGUAUUAUAAUUUUCUCUUACAAUUCGCUCCCUUUAAACUCUCUCUUCUUUUUAAUUUUUUUUUUUUGUCCUUCUCUUUUCCUAGUUCUCGGCCGAUCAACUUUCUCCCGAUUUCUCGCCGAUUUUCUCACCCUCCAAACGCUCCCUAAUCUCCUCUCCAGGUGACUCUAAAUCCCUCCGAUCGCCAGAGAUUUUCUCUGCCUCGCUAUCGAUUCUCUUUCUGCCCUCCACUGGUACGCUAGCCGAUCACUCCACUCACUUUUUUGGCAUAUAAAGCUCUAUACGUAUAUCUUCACCAUCAUGUUUUGAUCACAGAUCAAGCAACUGGCUUUCAGUGAGCUACUAGUUUUGGCUUUUGUGUUCAUAAAUGCCAGUUGCAAAACUCAAGGCCUCAAACAACACAGAUGUGAUGAAAACAGAGAAGGGAAAUGAUUCCCUAGAUGCAUUUAUCAGGCAAGCAAUUGGAAAAGAGCCUUUUCUUUCUUUCUCAAGGGCUGGUGAUAGCCCAGUACAGUGGAUGCAAUUACUACAUGCCCUAGAUCAGCAAGAUCUCCCGGGGUGGCCCUUGCUCACUCCUCUGAAGGUGCAGAUGCAAAAGUGUGAAAAGUGUUCCCGAGAGUUCUGUUCAUCCAUUAACUACAGAAGACACAUACGUGUGCACCAUCGAUUGAAAAAACUUGACAAGGAUUGUUCCAAAAAUAGGGAUCUGUUGAGAACCUUUUGGGAUAAGCUUUCUGAGGAUGAGGCGAUGGAAAUUUUAUCAUUCAAGGAUGUGACAUUGGAGGAAGUUCCAGGCUCUUCAAUUGUAAAGUCAUUGAUGGCACUUGUUCGGAAACCAGGAUUUUCUUCUCUUCCACAAUAUUGUUUGAGGGCUGGUUCUGCCCUUUUGGAUAUUAUCCAAGGUAGGCCUUCCAGGUUUCCUUUGUCUUCUGAGGAGCUACUCAGCAUCCUUGAUGAUGCAAGUGAAAAAACAUUCAUGUGUGGAACAGCUGUAUCAAUGCAAAAAUAUAUUUUUGAUGGGGAAGCGGGGAAGAUUGGUCUUGAAACAAAGAAUUUGGUCGCUUGCACCAGCUUUCUGGUGGAACAGAAAUUGGUUAAAGCUUGGCUUGCUGACAAGGAUGCUGAAUCUUUAAGAUGCCAGAAGUUACUUGUGGAGGAGGAAGAAGCUGCACAGAGAAGACAAGCUGAGCUCUUGGAGAGGAAGAGGCAAAAAAAACUCAGGCAGAAAGAACAGAAAGCUAAGGAGCACAGACAAGAGGAGCAAGCAGAUCUUAAUGCAUGGAUUGAUAAUACUGUGGAGGCUGUGCCUUCAGCUGAACAAUCCUUCCCUUUGAUUGCAUCUGAUUCUGGUAUGAAUGGUCUGGAGGCACUGCCAGAUCAUGUUCCCUCAUCUUUUGAGCCCUUCCAACUUCUGAGCAUGGAUGAAGAUGUGGAUUUGGAAAUUCAGACAGGGUCUGGCAGUGAUCCUGGCACUAGUCGUAAUGUUGAAAGACAGACAGUACAAAGAAAUAGUCGUAGGCACUUAGUGGUUGCACAUUGGCACUUGUCUGCAAAAUCACAAUGGAAUUAUGUGCCAAAUGGUUUCCAUGCAAAUCAGAGUUCUCAGGCACCAAAACUUAGUGCCAUGCAGAAGCAUGGAAAUUACAGGGACUCAAAAUCGCUGCUUUCAAUCAAUGGCAAUAGGAAGUGGAGCCGAAAACCUAAACCAGAUUAUAGUGGAGACGUUUUGAAAACGAGAGUACAGAAACAAGCAAUAAGCCUGCCAGAUCACAAUAAGAAGCAUGAGGUUCUGAUUGGUUCUAUAUCUGUUGCACUUGGAAACUGCAGCCAACAGGAAGGUAACAAUUUGGACGGAGCCAGAGAUGAUUUUCUGUCAGAGCAUCAAAUGCCAAAGAAAAACAAUGUUCAGGAUAAGCACAAUAGACCUGAUUCUGCUCACUGCAGUACAAAUCGGUCAACAAUAAAGCUUUGGAGGCCUGUGAGUAGAAAUGGAAUCAAAGGUCCAAUAUUAGUUGAAAAUGGGGAUAGAGAAUCUCAAGUUGAUGGGAUUACCGGUAAGGGUGACGAUUAUAUCCCACCUAAUGGAAACUGUCUUAGUUUGUGUUCUGUUGACGAUGAUCAUGGUGGAAUGGGGAACAGUUUCCCACUCCUUCAGGGGACUCCACAUCCCGGAAGCUUGCACUUCUCGUGCCAAGCAGCAAAAGCAUUUCUUGCAGAGAGGUGGAAGGAGGCAAUUGCGGCUGAACAUGUCAAAUUGGAUCUGUCUCCAGACUUAAAAUCUUCAGAAUGUAUGGAGAUUCAGAAUGAAUGUCUAGUAGAUGUAGCUCAGUCAUCAGAUACUAAAAAAUGCAUUCUUGGCAAUUGGGAGAAUCAGCUGGUUGGUGUGGGGGUGCAUGAGUCUUCAACUACUGGAGCCAGUAAAGCCAAGUUGAGAACAAAGCCUGAUAAAGGUGUCAAGUUAAAGUAUAUACCCAAGCAGAGAACAAUCUCCUAAUAAAGAUGAAGAGAAGGGGAUUUCUUUCUUUCUUUUUGGCUUUUUGUUUUACAGAUGUGCACAGUUUAAUGCCAUUACAUUCUUAGCAGAGGUUCCAGUUUUACCGAAGGUCUUCUGUCAGCAAUAUUGAAGAAAGCUCUUUUUUUUUUUUUAAAAAAUUUUUCUCUGAAGUUAUUUUUGUCAGAAAAUACUUUAGUUGUCAUAGCAGAUUAAUUAGUGCGUUAGCUUUGGCGUAAUUGUCGAAAUUUUUCUGUAAUAAAUAUUGUCAAAGUUCCCUGGAUUUUUUUUCUCCAGACUCGGCGUCAAAAUGGAGUUGCAAGUGUAUCCAGUCCAUCUGCUAGGGGUUCAUUUAGUUGUUGUUAUUUAUUUUUAACUUUAUUUGAAUUGGCUAUUCAUUUAUUAGUUGGCUUUAGUAAUAACAAGCUUAUUUUUCGGCCA